CGGGUGUCUGGUUUAUCAUCAUCGUGCUUCGAAAUUAAUCGCGAAAUGCGGUGUUAAGUUGCGAUUUAACUACAUGCACAACAACUCUGUCGUUUUCCUAAAGGAAAAAAAAAGCUGUGCUUGAUGUGGCGCGAAUUUUGGUCGCGUGCGCUUCUGACGUGCGCGAUUGGUGCUUGUUCGAUUAUCGGCGACUUUGAGCUGAAGUGGUUGAAGUACGACAAGAAUGAGUCGGCGCGCGCGGUGCUUGACAAUGCGACGCACGCGACGGUGGGUGGCCUCACGUGGAUGUUAAUUGUCGUCCUUUCGCGGAAGUCGAUUAUGCCUAAUUUAAAUAGUAUAUUUUCCUGCUUUCUAUUGGCGUCCUUCGUUGAUCUGGAUCACUUUAUCACGGCGCGUAGUUGGCAUAUCCAUGAUGCCACGCAUUUACAAAAACGGCCUUUCUUACAUUGCACCACCAUUCCUAUUUUAUUAUGGAUAUUUUUUAUCUUACUCUCCAAUACCUUCCAUUCUCCUCUAAUGGAACACAUUUCCUGGGUGAUAUUGGCUGCCUUCCUGAGUCACCAUAUACGAGAUGGUACCAGAAGAGGUUUGUGGUUUUAUCCCUUCGGAUCUACCCGUCCUAUUCCCUACUAUUUAUACGUAAGUCUUUGUAUGUCCCUUCCUUACAUACUACAUUGGCUUAUGAGUCUGCACACAUUUGCGCCGAAGAAUAACAACAAUAUUAUACUUAUCGAUGUAUGAGACAUAUUUUAGAACACGCAUAUUGUAUACCGAGUGUACAAACAAUCGGACACCUUUUUAUAGGUGUAUGUAUAAGAGCUAUUAUUUUGGGUGCUUUCCAGCAAGAGAUACAGAUGACACAGUGUAACACAAUGAAUCAUUACAUCCUUGUUAUUUGCUGAUGUUAAACAAAAAUGACAUAAUCACUGUGUCAUACUGCAUUGUUUGCUGGAAAACACAUUAAUAUCUUGUACAGUAGCAGUUUAAUAUUGAUAUUCCUAAUUUAUAAAAUCGAAGAUGAGAGAAGAA